AUGGCCCCAAACCCCACUGGAAAACCCUCACCUGACGGUUCAAGUUCUGACUCGUACAACCUUUACUUCAAGGGUUCAUUGGCGGGAUUUGGGGUUGCAAUUUACAGAGAAGAGGAUGAUAGUAUCUUGUUUAAGAAAAAAGUUUCACUUCAUUACCCCGACUUUACAGCUUGGGAGGCUGAGCUUAUGGCAUUGAAGCUAGGACUAACCAAAGCCGUGAGUUUUCGGAUCAAUCAUAUCUCAAUGUUCUUUGAUAAUCCUGAGAUUUUUGAAUUGGUCAUGGGGAGAUCUGUGCCUAAGGAUAAGAAAAUCGCCUUGAUAAUGGAUGAGGUGCAACGCAUAAGACAACAAUUUUCAUCUAGCAUCCCUUUUCUUGUGGCUAGUAAUGAAAUUAAGUUUGUGUAUAAACUUGCAAAGGAAACACUAGUUUCUAACAUCAGCAUACCUAGGCCUCAGAAGAAGACUUGUGGUAACUGUUUUAACGAUGGUAUCAAAGGUGAGAACAUGUUUUCCGCUGAUUUAUGCAGUCAUUACUUCUGUGUGGAGUGCAUGAAGGAACAUAUAGAAGUCAGUCUAAACGAGGGAGGUUUACCGAGAUGUCCUCAUGAUGGCUGCACAUCAAACCUAACUCUUAGAAGCUGUGACCAUCUUUUGACACCUAAACAAAGAGAGAUGUGGGAAAAAAGGAUCAAAGAGGAGUCAAUUCCUGUAUGUGACAGAUUUCAUUGCCCAAAUCCAAGGUGCUGGGCUUUGAUGUCGAAGACGGAGCUCACUGAAUCUACUGAAGAAGAUGGAGUUAGGAGAUGUUGCUAUAAAUGCCGCAAACACUUUUGUAUUAACUGCAAAGUUCCGUGGCAUAGUAACUUGUCGUGCAAGGAACACAAGAGUUCCGGUCGUGAGCCUAUUACAACAGUGUGGCGUCAAUGUAGAAGUUGCCUACACAAGAUAAAACUAUCGGAAGAACGCAUGCCUGUAACUUGCAGGUGUGGCUAUAAGUUUUGCUAUGCAUGUGGAGCUCAAUGGAAGCUUGGAGGUUGUUGCUCUCAUCAUCUCCAAGAGGUGAUGGAUUGGGUAGCAAUAGUCCUCAUUUUUCUUGCUUUCGUAAGUCUUUUAGUUGUUAGUUUUAUGCUCAUAGUUAAGUACAGCUGAUAAUGUUUAAGUACUUAGCUAGGGUUGUGGUUGUGUUUGUUCUCCCCGUGACUAUUUAG